UAUGUUAUCAUUCUGAGUUAUUGAGACUUCUACAACCCUAAGAAUAAUGGAGAUUCUAAGAACAAUUGAGAUUCUAAGAAGAAUGGAGAUCCUAAGAAUAAUGGAGAUCCAGAGUUGGGUUGUGAUCCUGAGAGAAGUUGUGUUCAUGAGAUAAGUUGAGUUCCUGAGUUGAUGGGUCAUCCCUGUUUAAUGGGUGAUCCCGGAUUGCUUGCAAACCCUGUUGUAGAUGAGUCUGAUGACUCAGGAAAUGACAAUUCUUUUCUCGGUUUUGGCGCUUCGCGUUGGCAGAGGUGUAGCUGGAGAGCUACUAGUCGAUCCUGUGUAUCAUGGAUGGAGAAGAGCUCUGAGAAUGGUAGGAUAUUGACGAUCCUGGGUUCAUGAGAUCUCUGGGUCUGAUAAAAUCUCCCAGUUUGAUGAGAUCUCCUGGUAUGAUGAGAUCCCUUGGGUUUACAAGAUCUCCUGGUCCGAUAGAUCUAUUGGUCUGAUGAGAUCUCUUGGUUUGAUAAGAUUUCCUGUUCAGAGGAAAUUACCUGAUCUGAAGAGAUUUUCGAGAAGAAUUCCUGGUUUGAAGAAAUUUCCUAGUCUGAGAAGAUUCCCUGGUCUGAAGAAACUUCCUGGUCUGGGGAGAGUUUCUGGUCUGAAGAGAUUUCCGAGCAGAUUUCCUGGUUUGAGGAAAUUUCCUGGUAUAAGGAGAUUCCCUGGUUUGAAGAAAGUUCCUGGUCUGAGCAGGUUUCCUGGUUUGAGAGAAUUUCAUGGUCUGAGGAGAUUUCCUGGUAUGGUCAGAUUUCCUGGUCUGAAGAGUUCCCAUGUGUUGUAUUCCAUGGAGUGCAUACCUCAGAUCAUAUAACUUGUAUACAGUGGGAUGCAUUGUUCUCUUGGAUAUCUAAUACUAUUGAAGGUUAUGGAGUCAAGAGAUGGAUCCUGGUUUUAUUAAACUAUGGGACAGAAACCACAACACUCAUUGUUGCUGAAUACUGAAGACUGAGGACUGGGUCAAGAAUGAGAAGGAUGAGUACAUGAUUGAGAAGAUGUCUGUUCAAGCUGUCCUGGCAAGGAUCAUAGGAAGAAGAUCAAGAUGUUUACCCAGGAGAAGCCUGAUGUUCUUCCUGUGGCUGCUCCUUGUCCUGAUGAACCUCUCUCUAGUACUAGCUUUGUGGUGAGCAGGGAGUACAAGAGAUCCUGGAGUAGGACUGCAGGACGUGAUCUGACCUAUGAUGAGAUGAUAAAGGGUCCUGAGGCUGCUCCCUUCCUAGAGGAGCUGGAUUUCAGUUUCGAGAUUUCUCUGGAGUUGAAGCAGAGUUUUGAUAGCUGGGAGGAGAGACCCUUUGAUACUAUAGUGGACCAUGUUCCUAAACAGAAUAUCCCAUAUCCAAGUGUUACUGUGUGCCCAGCAGGUUCAACUAUUUGGUCCGGAGUACGACAAUUUCUAAAUGAAAUGGAAUUCAAGGAUGAAUACAAAGACAUGCUGAAACAAUCCUACAAUACCCUUUUAAGGUUAAAAGUUGCAAACUUAAGACUUCCUGGUAAACUUGAUCCAUAUAUCCAUACCUACCAAGAUUGUUAUGACUGGACGGAUUACCUAAACAACAGAGAGGUCUGCAACUUUGCAAUGUAUGUGCUAGAAAUGACCAGUAGAAUGAUCAGUGAGGAUAUUUUUACCAACAGAACACUAGCUAAAUAUCAGAAGAACAGACUAAAUGUCCGCUUUGAAGAAAUAGAGGGUUUGGAGUUUGGUCCAGGCUGCUUUAGUACAGGGUUUGCUUGCAACUUAGACCUGAACUCUGUUGUUAAGCAGCCUGCUUAUAGCAGGCUACCCAGUUACCUAGAUCUUCUUACGGUGGAAAUGGUUGAAAGUGGUAUAACUGAGAAUCCAUUUGACAUAGUUCUUCAGGAAAUGUAUCUGCCUCCUCCUAUCACAACCCCAGAACCAGUAACUGAGACAACUGAGACAACUGAGUGUGAUUAUUGUUUAUUUAAACGUGAGAUACCAAGUACUACGGAUAAUCCAUCUUGGGAAGAUGUCAGAAAACUAAACUCUACCUUUAGUUUUCCUCCACCAGCAAAUAUUAUGUACUAUGUUAUCUCAACUAUUGCCAGUGCAUGGCCAACACUGUCUCAGAUGUACCAUGAAUACUCAAUGCUUUCCAAGUUACAGUUUCAGAAUUUCAAGAAUCUUGGAGAUUUUAUUGUUCCCAUGGCAAAACAAGCAUUAUAUGAUGAAAGCAUUUAUUAUUAUCUGACACAAGGAUUGAUUGAAAACACAGAAAAAGAAUUGCAAGAUUUCUUGAGAUUUAUCCUACAAGAAAUUACUGAAGAAAAGGAGUUAUCCUGGAGUUUAAUAGAUGCUAUUGAUAUUUUGGUAAUUCUAGGCGGAAAUGAAGCAACAACAAGAGUUUCACCUCUCAGAAAUGAUUUUAUUGGGCGACAGGAUAGUUGGCUAAGUCUAACCAAAACUGAGAAACAAUGUGUAUUUGAUGAGUAUGAGAAACUGUUAAACAAUCUACCAGAGUUUGAGGACCCAUGCAUUGACCCAUCCAGCAUGUGCAAACAGUUCUGUAAGAAUAUGGCACUUAUGCAAAAACAUGCAAAAGAUGAGAAAAUACAAAAGUUGUUGCGCUAUGUCUCCCAUCCAGCUAAAUAUUCUAAGAACAGCACCUGGACUGUGCCAUUUUGUUUCACAGGAAAUGAACAAGAGAAGUUUACACAGUUGAUAAAGAAACCAAAUGUAAAUACUGGAUCUAAUGAAACCAACUAUGGAUACAAAUUCUGUGAAUCUGUUGAACAACGUUUCACAGAUGUAGGUUUAUGCACAACUUUCCAUGACGCCAAUGUGACCUAUCCUCCGAAAGGAAUGUCAAAGCCAUUUCAAAAAGGAAUCACUAUGAUUUUGGAUUCUUUUGCAUAUUUUACCAUUACCAGGGAAAUGAGGUCUUUCAGGGAUUACUUCAAGGAGUCUAGAUUAAUCUCCCCAGAAACUUUAACUGAUAACAGCUAUAAUGAUUUCUAUGUAUUUCUUCAUUCCAAGGAUGAUAUUCCGCUCUUUCAAGGACCUGAAGACAAAAGGAUUUCAUUGAGGAAUGGAAGAGAAAAAAGAUCCAACUAUUUAAAAGAGUAUAGGAUUCCAUUCACUGUAAAAAUCACAGAAACAGAGAAGAUCCUUGAAAAAUACAGUAUCACACAGCGUAAGUGUAGGUUUAAGCAUGAACUUGGAGAAAUGAAAUUAUUCCAAAAAUACUCCAAACAAAAUUGUAUCUUUGAAUGUAAACUAGAAAUGGUAAGGAAGAUGUGUAACUGUUUACCCUGGUAUCUGGACCUAAAGAACCAAACUGAACCUGUUUGUAACCUAUUUGGGAAUAAAUGCUAUGAACAGAGCACCAUACAGGCAAACCAACAUCUUGACUUCAGCAAUCCAAAUAAUCCACCGUGCGAUUGCUUUCCAGACUGUGAGGGUGUAAGCUAUAAUCCCUCCUCAGAGACAAGGACACCUACAGCUCUGGAGAACAGAAAUAUUUUUGAUCUUGGAUGGAAUGACGUGGUCAUGGAUUGGGAUGAUGAUGCAAUGGUGAUUGAGUUUAGCAAAAAAAAAUUCCUAUUUGAUUAUGUUGCAGACAUGCUGAAAGAAAAAGGAGGCAAGAUAUUUUACAGAUCUAACCUAACAUCAGAUAUUGAUAACAUGGUAGACAAAAGACUUUGCAAAGAAAGUCUCAUAAACUGUCUCAUCUGGCAGAGGGCUGUAAAUCUUGCAUCAGUUUGGUUGGAUUUUGAGGACAACUUUUUUGUCAAGGAACGUUUGAUUGAAAGAGUUCCAAUCGGAGACAAAAUUUCAUCCAUUGGAGGAACACUUGGUUUGUUUCUGGGAUUCUCCUUCUUAGGUAUUGUUGAUAUAGUUUACUGGGUAAUCAAAACAGUUGAAGAACAGAUGAGAAGGAUAAAAUGGAAGUAGAAAGGAUGAGAAUGAGACAAAAAAAACUCAGCCAUAAUGGUGGUUAAGAUGUUUUAGUCAGUAAGCAUUUACAAGUUGUAGAUUUUUGGUUGGACUACACAUUUUUAAUAACAAAGUUCAUUAUACAUUCUUCAAAUGAUGACAGAAAGUUUUAUACCUAGAUAUUCUUAUAGUGUCUUGGCUAAGUCGACUUCAAGCAAUAAAUGCAAUGUC